GAAUUAAUAGGUAGCAUUCCAGACGACCUACCCAGAUAUUUCCCCUCCAUUGAACUGCCACAGUUUAAAAAACGCAUCGGAACAUCUUACGUCAUAUCGCCAAAACUACUCGAUGGUGAUCCCAACAGGGGUGAUGAGGUAUCGAAGAUAGAGAUUCAGCUGGAGCUGCAGAGGCAGAUGACGAUGGUGGCCUACAAGCUGGUGCAAGAAAGUUCCAACUGUAAGACACUGAAGAAGAAGAGGAAGCUAAAUUAUCAAAAAGAACAAGCCAAGUUGAAAGAUUUGGAGACGAAGUUUAGUGAGAUGAGGAUAGAGAAGAGGAGGCAGUCGAAGGCCGUCAGCAGCAGAUCAAGCAUCUCAAUGGAAGAACAUUACUCCAGGGUUAUACUAGCACCGCCUGGCAUUUGA